UGCACAGUGCACAUUACGUCCAAGUUCGACGACGACGCGACUCUGACACGGAGUGCUGCUAACCGAGCACGCCCAUUUUUACGCCGCGUCUCCUGUGGCAACCGUCCAUAUCCGUACCAAAACAACUUUACCUCCGCCCGAAUAUUGAAAAUCGGGCACAUUACACAUACUUACGACUGUAUCGGAUGCUUUUUCCAAAGUUUGUAAGUAGACACGGACGAUAAACCAAAAUGGGGCAUCUCGUACUGUGCUCAAUAGCGCCCCUGGCAUUGACUAUUCUACAGGUGUCUGCGCUGAUCACAAUACCGGAUGGUACAACAGUACAAACACCGCCGAAAAUGAUCAAACAGCCACCAACAGAUGAACAGCUCUUUCAAGUCGCAGAAGCAAAGACCAAUGAAAACGACAGACCGUUUGUGAUAGAAUGCGAAGCUGCAGGAGAACCCGAACCUAGGUAUCGUUGGGAGAAAAACGGCAAGCGUUUUGAAUGGCAAGCAUACGACAACCGAAUUUCACAGCAGAAUGGUAGAGGAACUUUGGUGAUAACAUCUCCACGAGAUGAGGACUUGGGCCAGUACCAAUGUAUAGCAGAGAACGAAUGGGGAACAGCGAUUUCCAAUUCCGUAUUUGUGCGGAAAGCAGAGCUAAACUCAUUCAAGGACGAACCGCCAAGGACAGAAAAUGCGAACGAGGGAGAUCCCUUUAAAUUGACUUGCCAACCUCCAGAUGGGUGGCCAAAACCAAAAGUUGACUGGCUUAUACAGUAUACGAGCAGUGGCAUAAAGUCUAUCAAUAACUCCAGAAUGACUCUGGACCCUGAGGGAAAUCUAUGGUUCAGUAAUGUGACUAGAAAUGAUGCUUCAGAUGAUUUUUAUUAUACUUGUGCAGCGACUUCUGUCUUUAAGAAAGAAUACAAGCUGGGUGACCGUAUUUUACUCAACGUUUUGUCAAGCGGGGCGUCAUCGAGCAACAACAAACACGAACCUGUGAAGCAGUAUGUGUCACGAAAGAACGAAGUUGCUUUGCUAGGCAAAAGAAUUGAAAUGUACUGCAUAUAUGGUGGCACACCUCUACCACAGACAGUGUGGAAUAAAGAUGGUCAAGUACUGCAAGCAAGCGACCGAAUAACACAAGGGAAUUAUGGAAAGUCGUUAAUCAUAAAGCAUGUGAGUUUUGCGGAUGGGGGAACAUAUACUUGCGACGUAUCCAACGGGGUGGGCGAUGCGAAAUCAUAUUCGAUAAAUCUUAAAGUUGAAGCUAUCCCCUACUUCACUCAUGAGCCAGAAAUCGAAAAUAAGGCGGAAGGCGAGACAGCGAUCUUUAGGUGUGAGGCUAGUGGUGUUCCCCAGCCCCAAAUCAAGUGGAUCCAUAACGGAAAGCCUAUUGAGGAGGCACCGCCUAAUCCGAGGAGGAAAGUUACUGACAAUAUGGUCAUCAUUGAGAAAUUGGUGAAGAAGGACACGGGAAACUAUGGGUGCAACGCAACAAACUCUCUGGGUUACGUUUACAAAGACGUUUACGUCAAUGUCCUUGCUAUACCACCACAAAUUACUCAGCCGCCGUCCAAUGAGGCAACCGUUGAUGGGAAAACUAUUCGAAUUACGUGCCGUGUUUUUGGUGCUCCUAAACCUGAAGUUAAAUGGGUCAGAAACGGCAUAGAACUCACUGGAGGUAGAUACAUAACCCUUGAAUCUGGAGAUCUUGAAAUUGACAAUGUCAACUUCCUUGAUGCUGGGUCUUACACGUGUUACGCAUCCAAUAAAUUUGGCCAUGAUAAUGCCUCUGGUAAUCUUGUGGUGAAAGAACACACGACCAUCACUGAUGAACCCGAGGACUACGAAGUCGCUGCCGGAUCUACAGCGACAUUCAGAUGUAAUGCUGUGACAGAUUCAAGUUUGUCACUGACAAUUGACUGGCUGAGUAACGGAGAGCAGAUAGAUUUCGACAUGGAGCCAAGGUUUAUCAGGAGCACCGAUUAUUCAUUGACUAUCACAAAGACUACAGAAUUGGAUUCAGGAACGUACACAUGUGUUGCUCGCACAGAGCUAGAUGAAACAAAGGCUCAAGCAACAUUAAUAGUUCAAGAUGUGCCGAACGCACCUCGCUUAGAAGGAGUACAGUGCGGAAAAGAAGAAGCCAGUGUCCAUUGGGUCCCUAUGGGUGACAACAGAGCUCCCAUUCUGCGAUAUACCAUCCAAUCCAACACCAGUUUCACACCUGAUACGUGGGAGGCUGCUAAGGAUGAUGUUCCAGCCACAGAGCAAACCUACAUCGUCCCAAUGACGCCAUGGGCGAAUUACACAUUCCGUGUUUUAGCAUGGAAUAAAAUAGGGGUAUCGUCGCCGUCAUCACGAAGUGAGGUUUGCACCACUCAGCCAGAUGUACCUUAUAAAAAUCCAGACAACGUUGAAGGCAGGGGAACCGAUCCGCAGAACAUUGUCAUUACAUGGACGGUAAUGGCUCAGAUAGAGCACAAUGCGCCAAAGUUCAUGUACCGAGUGUUCUACAAGCGAGAUAUAACUGGCGAGGAAUGGACAACGGAAGAUGUAUUAGACUGGAAAGUGCACAGGCUUCAGGUUGAUAAUCAGCCAACCUAUCAGCGGUAUAAGAUCAAAGUCGUAGCCAUUAAUGAGGAAGGAGAGUGCAGGCAACAGCCAACUGAAGUCAUAGGCUACUCAGGCGAAGAUGUACCACAGCAAGCUCCUGGGAACUUUACGUUGUUGGAGGUAAUAGGGAGUACAAGUGCUUCUCUCUCCUGGAACCCUGUACCUGAGGAGUCGAUUAGAGGAGAAUUUAAGGGAUACAAAAUUCAAACGUGGACCGACAAAGAUGGUGAAGAAGGGAUGCGCGAGAUUCAUGUAAAGAAUGACACAACCCACACUCAAUUUUCCAAAUUUGUUCCAUACAGCAAAAACUACGUGAGGAUUCUUGCGUACAAUGGCAGAUACAAUGGUCCAUCUUCGGAGAUACUGAACUUUGAUACACCUGAAGGACUUCCAGGCACGGUUCAGUCUUUGGACGGCUUCCCUCUGGGAUCUAGUGCGCUAUAUUUGGUGUGGAAAAAACCAGAAAGACCUAACGGCAUUCUCAUCGGAUAUAAAAUUUACUAUCACAUUGUUCAGGGUACAAAUGUUGGCCCUUUGUUAGAGAGAAAACCACAUGUUACGAACCCAGAAAUGACCAGGGUCAAACUGGCUGGCUUAGAACCAAGUACUAAGUAUAGGAUUCACAUUCGGGCCAUUACCAAGGCUGGGGAGGGUGAAGACUAUUACAUAGAACGAACGACAGGCAGUGCACUACGAUCUCCUCCAGAAAAGCCCGACUUCACAUGGGACCGUAUACCCACAGACAAUGGGCUUGCAACCAUCAGAGUUAUUUGGCUUCCAAGUCGAGAUGGAAAUCCAGGCAGCCACUUCUAUGUUAAAUACAAGCUCAGGGGAGAGACUAUCGAUGCCAGAACGCCGGAUGAAAUCAACAGUGACAGCACAGAGAUCCGUGGCCUUUUGAGGGGAGAAAUUUAUGUUAUGUCUGUUGUCGCCAUGGACGGAGAUUUCUGGGCAGAAAGUUUGCCACAGGAAGUCGACACCAGUGGCGAAGAUCCGUAUAUUCAACCGAAAGAAAACGUUGCCACUGCUGGAUGGUUCAUAGGAAUGAUGCUUGCUAUUGCGUUCCUAUUGCUGGUACUGAUAAUCGUGUGCGUAAUAAAGCGUAAUCGAGGUGGAAAAUAUGCCGUACACGAGAGAGAACUGGCGGCAGGUCGUGGCGAUUAUCCCGAAGAGGGUGGCGGUUUUCACGAAUACUCUCAGCCACUAGAUACUAAGUCUGCAGGAGGUCGUGCCUCGCUCGCUUCUUCCUCGCAUCAGGACGGAAAACAUCCGGAGUCUGACACUGACUCGAUGGCCGAAUACGGAGAAGGAGAUACGGGGCGUUUCACUGAAGAUGGAUCUUUCAUUGGUCAAUAUGGGCCAAAGGGUAGGCCCGAAGAAACACCCCCCAUUCCAACAGGCACCAUGGCCACGUACGUCUAACCUUUUGCAACUGUCUAUUCCAUGUAAUAUUUAAACUUCAUCCCAACAAAGGCUGAGACACUAGGGUAUAUUUCAUCAUUAACUGGCAGCAUUGAUAGAAGUUUUGUACUUCUCUUGCUACACUUAAUUGUUGGUCAGCUCUGUCUUCUCUCAAGGGAUUCUCAGCACUGGUAGCUAAUUACGAAAUAUACCCUACAUUUUUGCCUCUUCAGCAGCAGCUAUGCACCUUGCGCUGGGCGCAAUGUCCACACUAUACUGCCAGUUAGUUACUUUGUCGUCCUUGGGUUUCAUUAUUCAUCCAGCUGAAAUGACCUGUCCAUGAAACAAACAAGAAAAAAGAAGGACAUGAAACAAUCGAAAAUAUGUUUUACGUGGAGUUAUGCUUUGACCAUUUCAUACGUUUAUUUCAGUCCGUGAAUUUUUUCACUCUCCCGUGUCCUUCAACCGAGAGAAUUUCACCCUGUUCUCUUAUUUUUGAUUAGUCAAACAAACAAAAAAAAUCAAAAGAGUCAUUAUCUUGGGUCGAAUAUGAAACCCAAAGAUAUUCAGAUGUUGAAUAGCGAGCAAGCUAUUGAUGGAAAUAGUUUUAAAUACUAUUUUAGCGUUGACACCAAUAUUUGACAGGGCCAGGUUAGACACUGUAAGGUAACGAAGUUACUUUUCUUUUAUUACUGUUAUUUGUCAAGAUGAUUUAAUCGAGAUCAUGUCCAAUCCGACAAGGGUUCUUUCUCUAUUCCAGUCAUUAUUUCACAUUAAAAUUGCAUUUGAUUGGUAAUUACGAACAUUCUGAAACGAUUAAAGGUUCGUACAGUUUUAUAACCAACAAUCUGACAUCCAAUGGUUUUGUACAAAUUUAUGAAAAGUCAAUCGCGCUAACACAAAGAAAAAAGUAAGUCAUGAUAAACGUCAUCUUGAGCAAAUCAUAGAUUUAAUAUCAUAUGUCAGGAUGUGCAGUGAGAUCUGAAACAGUAGUGUUACAAUCUGGCCUCGACUGAAUCUAAUUUUAAUUUUGAAACUCACGUACCCGAAUCUCGUAGUAUUUCUUCCGGGACUUUGUGCCCUUGCUUUCAUGUCCGGCACAAGUAAAAAAAAUGUAUAGGUAUCCGUCAUCUGGCGAUGUUCUAUAUUAAUAGAAAUGAUAAUUAUUAUAACUAUAAUGAUAAUUAGUUCUGCAAGACGCUUUAUUUAAUUUUUUAUAUCUGAUGACCGCUGGUCAAACUUUUCUAACUGUAUUACUUAUUAUAAAUGUCGUAAUGCCACGCGACAAAAAGUGACAUGAGAAAAAAAGGUGAAUUUGAAUGAAAACAAUUAAUAUUCGCAAAAGAUAUUAAUGAUGGACAUGAUAUUAAUAUAUAUUAUAUAAUUGUAAUAAAUAACCUAUACGAUAGUUGAAUAAGAACAAAUGGCCUCUACUAUAAUAAUUGCUUUUUCUAUGUAAAGCACGCUUUCGCUGAAACGAAUGACAAGAGAAAUUCACGUUUUUUAAACGAAUAUUUUUCAUUCAUGUUCUGUACACUUAGCUCUAUGAUAUUAUAGUAUAAUGGCUUUAGAAUGAUGACGAUUAUGAUUAUAUGUUAUUAUUUAAUAUAUAUUGAAAUGAAAAAAAGUAUAUAGAGACAUUAUAUAUUAAUUAUUACUAAAAAAAAAAAAAAUGAAAGAAUAACGUUAGGACGUUAAAAUACAGGAAGCGGUCAAUCAGGAGGAGCUAUUAUCAGAUAGUAUAUUAUCAUAUUACAUAUAAUUAUAUAUAUAUAUGUAUCACAUUUUUAUACCUACAGGCUCGUCCGCAGCAGUCGGAAGCCCAUAGAUUUUUAUUUUUAUUAUUAUUAUUAUUAUUUAAUGUGCACGGAAUAGCGAGUUCGAAAUGGAAAAUUUAGCAAUGUAUGUUAAUAACAUAAAGGGUGAUUUGAAAGUAGCAUUAACAUAUUUGAAGUUGUAUAUUCAAAGAAUUUUUAUCCGAAAAAAGUUUUCAAACAUUCAAAUGUUGAUAUUUUUAAUUUUUCAUGAUGUAAACAUUGAUUAAACAAUCCUUAAUAUACAGUUUUGGGUACUUACACUCGCUACAAAUGGAUUAAUAUCUGCAUCUCAAAAUUUUUUGGGUUGAAAAUAUCAGAGGUAUUCAAUAUUUCAAUAGUGUAAAAUCUACUUUCAAACAUUUGUAUGUAGUACGCAUAGUGCUCGAAUCUUAUUUGAGACUUUGUCAAGUUUCUCCAAAAUCCGAGGCGAUUGGCAUUUGUGUGCGUAAAUGUACAGGAGAAGUGCGAUUGUAGGCCGCGAUGAGUGUAUUUCGUUUUCUAUUAAAGCAUAGCAAGUAGAAGCGACACACCAGUCUUAAAUUGAAUUUCUACUAUACAUCAUUACACGGUUAGGAUUAUUUUGUUAUCAUACCACUUGCAAAAUGUAUGUCUUUUUGCCAAUCCCUUUUCUUCAUCGCAUCAAAUUAUUUUUUUUUUUCAUCUAAUUUUUUUCAAAGAUAAUUAAUUACCAACAUGAUCUGAUUAUCUGUAAAGUAAAAUUUGUAUUAUAAAAAACUUACCCAUCAUAUAGUUAUCUCAAGAGUAAACUUGCAGGAUUUUGAUAUCGAUUUUAUUUUAUCUUGGAUUUCUAUUUUAUUUUUAAUCUCUCUUUUUUUUUUUUUUUCAUCUCCUAAUUUGAUACAACUUAUUAUAUACGUACAGGGUCAUUCGUCAGUUGCUGAACGUGAGUGUGACUAUGAACGCAGCCGAUUUUUUACCUCAAACUCGCAUAAGCCGCUCUUUCACGCUCAAGGGUGAAAUAUGUUCAAUAGUCGAUGAAUGACUCUGUACAUACUUUCAUUAUAUUAAAAUUCGUUUGGGCUACUUGUGAAAUUAUUGAAAAAUUUCCAGCUCCCUAUUAUCAUGCAAACGUUACAGAGCUGCGAGCUAAGAUUUAUAUUCUAAUAAAAAUUAUUUGCCUGUGCGGAAAUGAUUGUGGCAGCAAUAAUAAAUUUAUAACUAGUUAAAAUUUGGCAAAGUUCAUUGUAUGUAUUUUAUACGACGGGAAUUUCGCAAUAAAGUGAAUUGAUUCUGAUAGGACUGUACUAAAAAAAUGAAAUGUAUACGUAAAAAUUUUGUAAAUCUGAGCAUUGCAAAACGCAGCGUGAAAAGUUUGAAAAAUUAAUUUAAUAGAGAAGCAAACCUUAGAAUCGCCCGUCGUGAGUAACUCUGUUUAUUGUAUAUUAUAUUUCCAAUCAAGGGAAUAAAAUAUAUACUGCUUCAUUUUUCCCUUUUUUUUUAGUGUUAUUUUUUAAACUUUUUCAAUUUAACGUACGCGAAUACAUUUGUUCGUUAAUUUAUAAGUUGUACUAUUGUAAUUAUUCCGUAGACAACUAAUUGUUUUGGAAAUUAGUUGCACUUAAAUUAUAAGUUGUUAUUUUACAAAGUGACAUCAACAAAGUCUUGCCGACGAAUUAAAAACUGUCAUCUAGGUAUAUCCGGUUUGCAUUUCCAUGUAGAAACUUACGUAUGUAAUUCUUUGUUCAAAUGUACACAUAGCUGUAAAAUCUUGAUAUAUAUCAGUUAUACGGAUAUAACAAAAAAUUUCUACAAGUCACGACAAGUUAUGUCACUCUUUUAAUUUCAAUCAAUUUACAAUGCGCAUUCCAGCAUACGCCAAUAAUGUAACAUCCCCGUGUGAAUACGAUUUCAAUAAAAAAAAAUUCAGCAAAUUA